GUGGCCCUGCGAGCCGGCGCGCGGGCGCGAACUGAGGCUGCGCGGCGGUCGCGCCGCAGGUCUUCUGCAUCGCCGGCCUUGCGGCCUCCGUCCUGAGGUAUUUGUGGUGGCGCCCCGCAGCCGCAAAGCUCCGUGUGUCAUCUCUCCGAGUCCUCCGCCUGCCGCCCCAGCCGCUGUCCAACCCCUCCGCCGGGGUUUGUGCAGCGCCUUGCACAUCCCUCGGUCCGGGUACGCGCUCUGCACCUGCCUGCCCGAAAACAUGUUGCAGAAACCCGAGAGCGGGGGUCUCCCCAUCUCUCAGGCCGAGGGGGAGAAGGAUGGCGGCCAUGACGGUGAGACCCGGCCCCCAAGCCCCUCUCGGGAGAGACCCAAGGCGGACCUUGGCGCUGUGAGGGAGGAGGGGGCUGCGGACCUGCCCUCACCCCGGCGCCGGGCCUGCCACCCUCUGGAUCGGGCGGUGGCCGAGUUGGUGCUGUUCCUGCUGGUGAAGCACAAGAAGAGUCCCAUCACUCGUUCCGAGAUGGUGAAAUACAUGAUCGGAGACUUGAAGGAUCUGUUCCCCAAGAUCAUCGUAAGGACCGCAGAGCAUCUGCGGUAUGUGUUUGGUUUCGAGCUGAAACAGCUUGGCCGCAAGCAGCACACUUAGAUCCUGAUCAACAAACUAACACCUCUUGAGCAGGAGGCGGAGGAUCUGGGAGGAGAUGGCUUCAGAUUGGGUCAUUUAAUGGUGAUCUUGGGCCUUAUCUGCGUAAAGGGUAAUAGCGCCAGGAAGGCAUAGGUCUGGAAGAUGCUGCGUCGUUUGGGGGUGCGUCCCUCAAAGUAUCACUUCCUCUUCGGGUACCCGAAGAGGCUUAUUACGGGAGAUUUCGUGCAGCAGCGAUACCUCCGUUACAGGCGGGUGCCUCACACUAAUCCACCGUAAUGUGAAUUCUCUUGGGGUCCCCGAAGCAAACUGGAGAUCAACAAAAUGAAAGCUGGGUUCGCCGCCAAGCUCCUUAAGAAAGAACCCCAGCACUGGCCACUGUUAUACCGUGAGGUCCUGGCAGAUGAGGACAACAGGGCCAGAGCUGAGGCCAGUAUGAGGGCUAGGGCUAGAGCCAGGACCAGUGGCAGGGCCGGCAUCCGCCCAUGGUAAGGGCUGGUAGAAAGUUGGCCAACAGGGUCCCCAUGGGUAUGGAAGCUGCUGUCUGAGUUAUAAGUAGUAUAGGUGGGGGAAGGGUCGUUACUUCUGUAGAAGUUGUAUUUGUGUAACUAGGAUUUAGAUUUUGUAUCUUGCUACGUUUUAAUAUACUGUUAAAUUGGUAUUUAUAAAUGAGAUUGGCCUAUUUUUCCUUGUAGAAUUUUGUUGUGGAGUUUUGCCCGUUUUGUAAAAUGGAUUGAAACACUUUACAUUCUCUGAUGUUGAACAAAUUAUGCAACAUUGUAAUGCUGCGGUUUAAUGGUUUGAAGGAACUCAGCAGUGCGAUGAUCAGGUACCAGGAAAAAAAUAGCUGAUUGAUGUCUAGCUUCCCAACACUUUUUGUCUAUUGUAUAAAGAAGAAAGACUGACAUGUACCUGUAUUUGCUUAGCUAUUAUAAUAUCUAGAGAAAAAUAAAAGUGCAAUAAACUAGCCGUAUACCCUGGUACACUUAAUGCAUUUAAA